UUUGAGUUUAAGGGGAUUUAGGUAAUCAGAAAUCGGAAGUUAAUGAGAUGAGUGAAAUCCCCUCACAGAUACGAAGAGAAGAGGAAAAGAGCCAAGAAAUGGAAGAUGAUAGUAAUAUAUAUUACUGUUGAGAAGAGUCAGGAGAGGGCGAAGAAGAGGAGCUAAGUCAUUUUCAACAAAGGAUAUAUGAUGCCUGAAAAUCCUCAGAAGAUUACGUAAAUGAUCUUCAUACAGAUUCAUCAAGUGAACAGAGGAAGUAUAUUAGAUUCAAAAUGGGUUUCAGACAAAUUUUUACAACAUUCAUGCAAGAUUUGCGUGACACCGGAAAUGACCAAAGCAACUUUUGGGAUGAAGACCUGAUUGUUUCUGAAACUGAGCAUUUCUGGAAUGAGUUUGAAAAAUUAUUCACAAACCUAAAAGCCGCUCCCUCUGAUGGAUUUGCUUCUGAGAUUAUUUACGGAGACUCGGAACAAGAGAAAUCGUUCCUAUCAAAAGUUCCUUCAUCAUCAAAUCCAACAUCAUAUAUCUAUAGAGAGGAUGAAAGGAAUGAAAUCACUUUGAAUAAAAUAGCUUUGUUCAAGAACAAUUAUCUUCUCCAUGACUACCCAUUCCUGAUUGCUAAAAGAGCACCCUCCCUUGUAGCAGAAGUUCAAGAAUCCUUCCACCAUAUGAUCCUUUGUGAUAAGAACUUCAGCUCUUGAUUCUUCAACUGAGUUGAUGAAACGAGAGAUCGUAGAAGAAGUGAUUUACCAAAAGGAAGUUCUCUAAGGUCCCUCAAAAGAACAGAAGUGUUACAAGUCAGAACUAAGAAGUAUAGCGAUCAAAGGCAGGUGAAUAUCCUUCUUAGUUAUCCAUGCAUCAUUUCUCUCUGUCACUCAAUGAUUGAUUACAAGUCCAACCCCAAGGUAUCCUUAGUAAGCAGCAAGACUUGCAGAGAGAUCAAUAGAUCUCAAAGAAAAUUCGUAAAGAAUAUCACUAAGAAAGGAUUGGGACAUCUUUUUAACCUAAUUCAUUCGGAUUUCGACAUUAAUGAAGAUAAUUGCUUCAGAGAUGACAUAGAAAUAAAGAUAGGCAAAUUCCUCCUCUGGCAACUCAAAUCAGAACUUGAGCGAGAUUAUUUUUGUAAAGGAUGGGGACAAGAGAUGAGAAAUGGGCUGAAAUAUCUCUUAAAAACUUCCCAAAAUGAUGAAAUAAUCUCAAAAUAUCAAGAUUUUGUAAUCAUUAUUGGAGCAAAGACUCUUAGAAAUUUCAAGCAGAAUCAGCCUCACCAUUUAUUGAAAAAUCCUGAGCCAAUUGAUGACGGUGCUAUGAGCUGUGAUGAUUUCCCCUCUUACUCGGUCCGUCAACCUAUUGAAGAAAGUAAACAAAACUUCUUAGCAAGCACCGAAAGGCAGACCCCAUGCAGAUUCCUGCGAGGUUUUGGGACCCAAGACCCCAGUUCAAAGUUCACUACAGAAAUCUACUCAGAAAUGAACGAAUACCUGGAUGAAUUCGCUAACCUGAAAUCUUCCUUGCUCAGCUCUGUAGAGCAGCUGGACAUCUGUAUUCUCUCUUCUAAGUUCAACACAAAAAGAUUUGUUAAUAAGCUCAAUUCUGUGUUGAACAAGAAGAAUAAUAAGUACCUAGAAGAGCUCCUAUGUGAUAUUAAUAGUGGCCAAGGAAUCUUCGCAGCGAAUCAGUUGGUUAUAUAUCUGACUGAAUUGAUAUUUAAAAGAUCCAUGAGAGCUAAAUAUGAUGAGUUUGUUGGUAGAAUCUUGGAUAUGAACAACCUGGACUGUAUUAAACAGCCAUUUAGUUUAUCUUCAACAGCAAUAUUCGGUCUCUUCCAUCUUAUGAUAGAUACUGAGAAUGAUUUUAAGAGAUGGACUAAAGCAGGAAAAGAAAAGGCAAAGGAUAAAGUUUGGGAAUACAUAUUUCCUCCUUUUACAGACUUAUCCAAAUAUUUAGAGUCAGGAAACGGAAUUUAUGAAUCUGAUAUCUUCUAUGAAGUCAUUGGAUUCAAAGAGCAGUUUGAAAAGAACAAGAUUAUCAAAAAGUAUCAAAUCGAUUCCUCAAAAUUGAAUGUGGUAUUCGUGAGAAUCCAAAAUCUAUAUAACAAUCUUAUGUUCGCUUCUAUCAUCCAUUUUUAUCAGAAACUCCGUGACAUGAACAAAAAGAACAAUGAAGAGAUUGAAGUUGUCGAGCCAAAAAUUGAAGAGAAAAUGGUGCUGUUCCCAAGUGAUACCAGCAAGAUAAUACAGUUCAAGUCUAAAAAAUUUGAAGUCAAUGAGCAUGCAUAUCUCUGCUGCCAGAACUAUAUCCUUGGAGCUCAAGGUCUUUGUAUUCCCAGUUAUCAAUUCCAUAAUAUCAGCGAAUGAUUCAAGGAUACCUCUCUCAAGGGAAAAUUUGGGGUAAUCGUCCAGUGUUUGAUGCUAAAAUCCAGAAGUACUGACCUUCAAAACCCUGAUCAAAAGAAUACGUUCAAGGAAUGUAAAGCUUACAGGCCAAUGUAUUUAUGCAAAUUCUAGUCUCCACUAA